GUCACCACCACACAUCAUUCGCAUUCGCCAUAUAUCGCCCUCUCCUCCACGCAGCGCAUCCAAUUUUCACAAAGCGCUAUCCACCAUACAUCGACGGCCCUUUCCUCACACAGCCCAUUGACCUCAUGGCUCCCGUCUUGAGGGCGAGGCAGUCCCUCUCCAAAGAGCGCUUCCCGUCGUACUUUGGCAGCCUGCGCAGCCAGCCAUACUCGGACCCUAGCGCUGCGCGCGGCGCUGGCGCCGGUGCAAACAACUUGCGUUCGAUAGCGUGGAACCCGCUUGGCUCGCUCAUCGCGACAGGAUCCAUCGACAAGACUCUGCGUGUGUGGAACCCGGACAAGCCGCACGUCAAGUUCUCGACGGAACUCAAAGGCCACGCGGCGCCGAUUGAAAAGGUCGCCUUUAACCCAACCAAGGAUGCGGAGCUGGCGAGUGUGAGCAGCGACGGCGUCGUCAAGUUUUGGGACGUGAGGACAAAGGCGUGCUUUAAUGAGGUGACGGGGCUGGGGGACGCUUUUACGCUGGUGUGGGCGCCGGAUGGCAAGACGCUGAUUGUAGGAAACAAGUCGGACAUGCUGUUUGUGCUGUCGCCGACACAGACGACGCCCGUCUCGUCUCAUCAGCAGACGGUGCCUACGAACCAGAUUGCGUUCUGCUGGAGUGGGAGCAAGGUGUUUGUGACGACGGCGAGCGGGUCGGCGCGCAUUCUGGCGUACCCGUCGUUUGAGCCGCUGCUGAUGCUGGGCGAGAAGGAGGAGUUUGUGCUGAAUGGGCACACGUCGUCGUGCUUGACGGCGCAGAUGCAGCCGUCGGGCAGGUAUUUGGCUACGGGGGGUUCGGAUAGUAUUAUCUCGUUGUGGGAUACGACGGAUUGGAUCUGCCAGCGGACGCUGACCAAGAUGGUUGGGCCGGUCAAGAGUCUAAGCUUUACGUUUGAUGGGAGCUAUGUCGUGGGUGGCAGUGAUGAAGGUAAGUUGACCACUAUUGUGAUGCAGACUUGAGCUAACGUGGACAGGCACCGGACUCGAAGUGUCCCAUGUAGAGACUGGCGAGCACAUCCACACAUUCAAGACGGUGGGCGCAUGCCCCGUGGUAGCGUGGGCGCCAACAAGAUACUGCCUUGCGUACAGCGACUUAGGAGUGUUGCGGAUAGUAGGCGUCGAUGUCGACCGCAAGUGAGCACUAGUGAAUGUAAGACGAUGGAUGGGAUUGCAUGGAGAGAAAUCUAUAUAUAGCGAAUUCGAAUGAAAUUACGCGCAGCCGCGGCCGGGAGGAUUUACGAGCCAGGGAAGGUCGAUUGCUCGUUGGCCGGUUGUAGAAUAAUCAGAAUUGAGAUGAGAUGAACCGUCGAUACGACUGGAUUGAAUUCUUCCUAUUGGUGGCCUGUGCCUGUUGCAGCGGAGCUUCCUUUUUGAGGCUGGCCAUGGUAAGGCUGUGUGCGUGGUCGCGAUGGGCUCACGGUAAGCGCGGAGGAAUUGUGUCCGCUGUAGCACUGCAGUGCUUAUGGCCGAUCUCACUGAAAGAAUUGCAUUUUUUUUUUCGUCUGUCACAAAGAGAUGAAAUGUGACAAGCGGUCUGUUUAUCUAUCUGGAACAAAAGCGGCGGACUUUGUGCAUUGGGAUGCAACAGCAAAAAAGAAGCAUAAGCCCCAGCUAGCAGCCAGUAUCGGACAUACCGGUGGAGAUGCCCGCGUGGCAGUGCCGAGCGUGGGUUUCGUACUCGCUAACAGGGAGUCCUGCAGGAGGGAGCAGCCAAAAAAGUCUGUACAGUGGGUGAGUGGGCGAGUG